CAUGGGGAGCUCGCCGCAGAAGUGGCAGGGUUGGGUACAAUACGCGGGGACUUGAGGCGUUGCGAAGGAGCGGGGCCGGAGAUGUGCGCGGUCACCAUCAAAGUUGAAUUAUUUGAAUAAUUGAUUAUACAUUUCAUAUAUGUAAAGAGUAAAAAGUAAAAUCACACUAUGUCUGAUGAAGUUUUUAGCACAACUUUGGCAUAUACGAAGAGUCCAAAAGUCACCAAAAGAACUACUUUCCAGGAUGAACUAAUAAAAGCAAUUACAGCUCGCUCAGCCAGACAGAGAAGCUCUGAAUACUCAGAUGACUUUGACAGUGAUGAGAUUGUGUCCUUAGGUGAUUUCUCUGAUACUUCAGUAGAUAAAAAUUCAGUCAAGAAAAAAAUGAAUGAUUUUCACAUGUCAGAUGAUGAUGAAAAGAAUUCUUCAAGACUGUCUUUUUUGAAAACCAAGAAAUCAAACAGUGACAUAAUCAAAGGUGAGCCAGUAUCCUCUGUCAGAAACGAUGAGGAAGUAGCACCUGAUGGUGGUGAAGACACUGUUGUAAAUUCCUUUUCUGAGCCUCAAAAUAAAAAUCAGGAAACUGAAAAAGAGAAAAUGAAAGUGAAACCAAAAUCUAGAAUUCUUCCAAUCCAAAGCAUAUCUUCAGGUAAUUUAUUUGGUUCAGAAAACAACAGCCUUGACACAGAUGCCCACUUUAAACCUUCACCUCAGCCAAGGAGCAUGUUAAAAAACAAUAGCCCUGGGGAAGAGAAAAACAUACUAGGAGAAGAUAAAGAAGUUAUCCUCGGUGAAGAAUUACGCUCACAUUCUGCACCUUGUUCCCUCCCAAAAGUUGAGAAAAGAUCAUUCUCUGAAGACCUUGAUCCUGAGGGUCUAUUGUUAACAACUCCAUCGUCAUCAUCCUUUAAAGAAAGUCUUGGAGAUUUUUUUUCACCAGGAUCUGGGGAAAAAACAUCCAUUACAGAUCAGAAUGAAGAAUUCAGUGAAAACCAUGAUUCAUUAAAAUCAAAAGAAAAUGAAGAGAAUUCAUUUUUGAUAGACUUUGUUCCUGCUGCACUUGAGAAACCCAAGCAAAGCCAAGUGACUGCUGAUGCCCUUGAAGGAGAAAAGGAGAAAGCUGAGCUGAUGAUGGAUGAUGACCAAACAGGUGAUCCACUGCUAUUUAAAUCUCACAGUGUCUUGAUAUCCAGCAGUGCAACUGAAUCUGCAAAGAAAGCAAUUGAAGGUAGAAAUAUAAAGAAUAAAAACUCAACAAAUAACAGAGCAUCCAGUGCAUCUGGCAGAUUAAUGACCUCUGCAUUUUUAAAGAAACCCGGUUCUAUAAGGAAAACUCAAUCGACAACUACCUCUUCUCACUGUUUAGGGACUUUGAAAGUCUUGGACCAAAAGCCGUCACAGAAACAGAGAAUAGAGCCUGACAAAGCAGAUGAUAUAAGGGCAGCUGUUUAUCAGGACUGGUUAGAAAAGAAAAAUAUGUAUUUACAUGAAACGCACAGAAUUAAAAGGAUUGAAAGUGAAAACUUACGGAUCCAAAAUGAACAGAAAAGAGCUGCUAAGAGAGAAGAAGCAUUAGCAUCAUUUCAGGCUUGGAAGGCUAUGAAAGAAAAGGAAGCAAAGAAAAUAGCUGCAAAAAAGAGGCUUGAGGAGAAAAACAAGAAGAAAACUGAAGAGGAAAAUGCCGUGAAGAAAGGAGAAGCACUACAAGCUUUUGAGAAAUGGAAGGAGAGAAAGAUGGAGUAUCUUAAAGAAAAAAGUAAAAAGGAGAAAGAAUGUGAAAGAGCAAAGAAGCAGCAAGAAGAGGAAACUGUUGCUGAGAAAAGGAAAGAUAACUUAACUGCAGUUGAAAAAUGGAAUGAAAAAAAGGAAGCAUUUUUCAAACAAAUGGAAAAAGUGAAAAUAAAUGAGAAAAAAAGGGAAGAACUGAAAAGAGCAGAGAAAAUAGAUAAAGAUAAGCAAGCACUUGAUGAGUAUGAAAGAUGGCUGGAAAAGAAAGAAAGACAGGAAAGAAUAGAACGAAAACAAAAGAAACGUCAUUCCUUUCUUGAAAAUGAGGCACUUCCUCCAUGGAGCCCUCCAAGUAGAACUGUGUUCUCAAAAGUGUUUUAAUAAUUCUAAUUCUUAUCUUAUUUAGUUAUUAUUUAUCUAAUAGCCAUUUAGCCAUGGGUUUAAAACUGUUUGUUUAAUCAUUUAUAGCUAGAGCAGUCGAUUUUAAUUCACUGCCAGAAACUUCUGCUGACAAUGAAAAAGAUACUUUAGAGCUUAGUUAGUGAAAGCACUUCUUGAACCAUAGGUAAACAAACGGCCUCAAAUGAAAAGCUAAAUGCGUAACUCUUAUCAUGUCCAUUAAAUUAUAAAACUCCUUAUCAUGUCCUGAAAAUUCUUACACUUGAAUGAUCCAUGAUCAUUUUCAUUAAGCUAUGCAUGUUAUUUAAGUGUGCUUAAUUCCGAGAGUAAAAAGAAAUCAUCUCGGUGUCAUAAUCAUAGAAACUAAUUGAAUUUGUGACUGAUUGUGCAUCUAGAUAGAUUCAGGCUUUAAAAUGAAUAGUCACUGGAGAACAUGCAUGUAUUAUUUCUUUUAAAACUUAUCUUUAACUCAAAGCAGUUGCAUUUACACUGUGAAAGUUACAAUUUUAUCAAUUGAGGCAGUAGUUUAGUAGAAUAAUAAUCAUAGAGGGAUUUUACUUAAGAAUUUUUACCUUACAUUUUAAAAUGAGCGUACUUUAUCUGUUCCAGGCUUAAGCAACAAUCAUAGGUUCUUUAUAAUGAAUCCACCUCUGAAAUUUGUGUUUUUAUAUUCUAUCUCUGUUUCUUUAUCAUCUCAGUGAUACCAAAAGAUACUCCUCUCAUGGUAGCUAUAUACUUACACAUUUGUUACGGAAAUUCCACAAGAGUUCAAAGUUGCCUUUACUAUUAUUUUCCAGAAGAAAGCCAAAAAGGUGAUUAACGCAAUUAUUGUCUUCUUACAUAAUCCAGAGUUUUACAGUUUAUAUUUAGGUGACAGCUGCAUGGGAGGGUAAAUUUGCAGACAAUGUCUGAAGAACCUUUAUUUACUUCGUCUCUGCAUAUCCUGUAUUAAUUGGUCCCAUACUUGACCUUAACAGCUAGUUGAUGGCAGAUCAAUUGUAUACUCUCAGAGUUGAAAUGCUGCUUUAGCCAGUAAUGCAAUGCAGAGAUGAUAGAUGAGAAUUAACAGUGACUAUUUAUUAAGCACCUAUUGUAUCCUCUCUAAUGGACCUUUACAUGUGUAGUUUCUCAUCUUUACAACAAUCAGGGUGUUAUUAGCUUCAUUUUACAGAAAAAAUACCUAGGCUCAGAGAAAUGAAAUAACUUGACCAACUGACAGACUAAGACUGAUUAAAUCCAUCUAAGUCUGGCUACCUCUAGCAUCAGUGUGCUUUUUUUCAUGUUCCCACGUGGCCUCAGAGAACUGUAGGUUCUGUUAAGACCGCGGUAUUAAAUUUGAACUCCACAAAUCCAUUUUAACUGUCAGAACCUAAAAUCAUGUAUUACUAUGCAGAGAUAGCCUUUCUGUGAAGAAAUAGCUGCUUGUUAUUAGAGAUGGUGGACCACAUUCAAUCUAUAUAAUGAAAUAGGAAUUCAUAAGAUUUAAGGAAUUCCAACAUUUUGUGUACAGUAUUAGAAUAUCAGAAAACUCAGCAGGUUAUGUAACAGGUUUUGAGAUAGCCGUUCAGUAGGAUUACCUUCUUGCUGCAGUGCGGGUGAAAGAUAAGAUGUCAUGGAUCACUUUGUAAGAACUUAUCAAUGCUAUAGAUUUAAAAAAGAAAAAAGUUCAUAGAUAAAUCAGAAACCUUUUUUCAAAAAUUUUAUUGCUAGACCUAGGGGAAUACUUCAGAGUUGAAAUUACCAGCAAUCUGUAUUAUCAGCAUGAGAUUUGGUCAUUCAGUCUCAUUUAGCUGAGUGUGUUCCGUAGUAGCAAACACAAUGUCUUCUAGAAUAGAUUGUUAAGUGUUUAUUGUAGUGAAUUAGUUGUUAGAACUAAAAGAUAUUUUCGAAUUCCAGAGAAGUAAAAGGAAAAAUAGAAACAAGCACACAGUACAGCAGCUUUGGGGGAUGUGAGAUCAUCAGCAUGUGUCAUAGGUUUAACAUCAAAUAUUUGCUUAAACUUCCUGAUCAUUUUCUUCUUCAUUAUCAUAUUCAGCGACUUACCAUCAUUAUCUCUUAAGUUGUUGUGAGAAUGAAAUAAAGUUUGUUAACUAAUGUAAAGCGUGUAGCAUAUAAAACCCAACCAAACCCAUUGCCAUCGAGUCGAUAACAACUCAUAG